UAGUUAUGUGAAGCGCGACGGCGGUGGAAAAAUAGAACAAAAACAUAGAAAAUCGUUGCGUUAUUUAUUGAUUAUUGUUACUAAAAGUAGCUAAAGUUUUAAAAAAUUCUAUGAUGUAAAGGAAUUUCAAAUUAUACCUAUGUAUAUUGUAGGCUUUUUUUAAAGAGGAAGAACAACCCCACAAACGCCGUGUAUUAACAAAAUAGAAUGGGAGUUUGGAAGUGUGUGUGAGUGAGUGUGUGCUUUUGAGUAAUGAGGGUUUUGCAAAAAAGAGAGAGUAAGAACUAGAUGUUUUGUUGCUGCUGUUGCAGCACACAACACACAAACACGAAUAUUGUUGUCGCAAUUUCAAUUUCAGUGUCAGGAAUGCCUGUCUGCUGUUGCCGUAGGAGAGCAACAUGGUUGUUGGCUAGCUGGCAUGUGUGUAUGAAUUUUCUUGUUGAGAUAGACGCGUCGCGCAACACAAAAUCAUAAGUUUGGCCUACCGACCUAAUUUCCUUCCUUCUCCUAACGCGUGUAUCGCAACGCAUAGUGACAAAAUAGUAGAUUGUCGUCGUCUACGACGGCGGCUUUGAAAUAACAAAAGUUAAGUGCAAAAAAAGUGCGAAUAUUCUUUUAAAAGAGAACAAAGAAAACUUAGAUACAUCAUCAUCUAUCUUAACAAACGGGCAAACGAACGACAUUCUACUCUUCUUCAUCAUCAUCAUCUUCAACAACAUCGUUGUCGCCUUUGCCUCCGUUAACGUCAUUAUUAUCUCAACAUCUAUCAAAUGAAAGUGAAAAGUAAAAGUGAACUUAAAAAAAAAAAUUAUAAAGCCCCUUUACACUUGCCGCUAUUGCCGUUGGUGUGCUCUUCGUGUUUGUUUUUUUUCGUAUUAGUACAAAAGAAUGCAAAUCUAGAAUAUAGUUUUUUGUGUCAGUCGGUCGACAAAUAAUUAUUUCAAUAAAAAUAGCGAUAGCAAGAAAUGAGUGCAACAGACAGAAAUUCAAUGAAAUGGAGGGGCCGGCCUGCUCUCUCAAAAUUAUAUUCUAGUUAGAAAUGUCAAAGCCAAAAGAGCUAAGCAGACGAUGAUGACAACCACCGGUGCCCCUGCUCCCAGCGUCUUCAAACAAAUGAUGUGUGAAAAGGAAAUGAAAUAAUACAAGAAUUGAAACAAGAAGAAGCAGCAGUAUUAGCAGCAGCUGAAAUAGAAGAACAAGAGCAAGCAACGGUACAUUUGCAAGUGAUACAAAAGAAAUCAAUUUGUGGUGCAAAAAAAUUAUCAAAAAAAAAAUAGGGAAAUUAUAAAUUAUUGAAGUAACAUGUGUUUAUUGUUUAAAAAUAGCUUAAAUCCAUAGAAAAGCCUUUGUCAAGUGUUUUCAAUAAACAUUUAUACUUACUAAAAUUACCUCAGUUAAAACAGGAACAACCAACCCAGAACCUCUUCACCCCUUGCGCGCACGUUCUCGUGUACAUCGUUCGCACUGUGUUCUUCGUUGCGCUCUUGGUAAGCAAAACUUGGCUUUUGCUUGUCAACGAAACCACCACAACAUGUUGCCUAUUGUCUGUGACUACAAAAUUGGUUUCUUCUACGUUUGAACAAACAAAAAUUUUAAAUUAUUAAAAUCACCAAAAACCAAAUCAAAAUCACUUCGUUAUACAAAAUCUCAAGAAAGUCAACAUCACACUCACAUAAUUAUUCAGUGAGUCGGUGCAUGCAAAUAGCUCGGGCAUUUUAUGCAAACCAAAAUAAUAAAAAAAAAAUAAAUAAUAGUGCGUUUUGUUCCUCUUCUUCUUUUGUGUUUUUCUUUGUAUAUUCUCAUUCUUAUAUUUUUGUGCAAAAUAAAAUAAAAAACAACAACACAGCCGCAUAAAAACACAACAGCAACAACAAAGUUUCUUUUUCUCAUAAUAAUCUCUUGUGAGAAGCAAAAUCAAACCCUGCCUGCCUACCUCUGCCAUUCCUUGUUCUAAAAAAAGUCUCUUUUUUUACCCUCUUGGAUUUGUGUAUUGGGGGAAGCUCUUUAAAGUCUAGCUAAUGUUCGUGUCCUAUUGUGAAUACGCGUGUUCGUAUGUUUAAAAGUUUAUGUCUGCUUUUAACUGAGAAAACUACCCAGUGAGAAUCAAAAGUAAAAACCAGAAACAAAACAAAGGCAAAAAUAAUAAUAAUAACAACAACAACACCAGUAAGUUUGUUGUCGUAGUUCUUCGGUAGUGAGUGUGUGUGUGCGCGUAUGUUUGUUUUUUUAUUGUUGUCUCCACCGUGCUUUGCCUUUUAUUGCCUUUUUGCAUUUUGUCAAUUAAUCGUCGUGGUCGCCGUUGUUAUAUCAACGAUGUGCAACAUGUGGCCCCUUAAGGUGGCUCUACUAAACGGUGCCAUUUGAAGUUUGGAAAACUAUACUUCAAGGAGGAGACUACACCUGUGUUCAAGGAAAUACCUCUCCUCUCAUUUCGCCACACGCAGCCACAUAACAUGGAAGAGUUCUCUGUCCCCUUACUAGCUGAGAGUGCUUACAACAAUUUGAAUAACAAUAAAAACAACAACAAUAAUAAUAACAACAACAAUUUCCACAACAUGCAUCACCAUAAAGAUCACAUGUUAGGUGCUGGCAGCACACCCAGCACCACCAGUUUCAUGUAUGAAAGUUCACCUGGCCAAACAAUGAAACCCGAAAUGAGCAUGGCCAAGGGCGGUGAUUACAGCACAUUUGCCGCUUGCAUACAACAAUCGACUUUGUUGGAUCAUCGCAAUGUUGCAUUAGAUGCUAAUUUAGAUGCUGCCGUAUCAUUGGGUGCUUUGUGUGAUUUGAAAUUUGGUCCUGCGAGCAAUAAUCCAGUGACGCACGGCGGAGGAUCUCCCCUGUUACUAGGAGGUGGUGGUGGUGGUGUUGGUGGUGCCACUGUAACCGAAGUGGUGGAGACCAAUUUCAAGAGUCUGCCACCGUUGAUAACCAACAUAGAGGCUAGUAAUAUAAUGGGGGUUUUACCCAAAGUUGUGGGCACCUCGGGUGUGGGGGUGAAUGUGCCACAAUUUGCUCAAAUAUUGUUUCAAAGGGAACAACCGCAGCAGCAUCAUGGCUUGAAUGCUGGAGAAACCAAUGCAACCCAAACUGCACCACCAGCCACCAUAACAGUAUCGCAAACAUCACAGCAACCGCCCCAGCAUCCUCAACAAAUGCAGGGCGUGCUAUCAGCCAACCCCUCUAGUGGUGGUCAUUAUGGCCAUCAUAUGUCCUUGAAAACCAAUGAAGUACAAAACACUGCCGAACCAUUAACACGACGUCAUCAUUAUCUAACAAAUAUUGUUAAUGCCACGCCCACAGCAACCAGUGAUAAUGCUAAUCUGCUAGACUUUAAUAUGUCUGCUGCCGCCACAACAACAGCAACCACGGUAAUAGCUAUAGGUCCGAACAGCCACAGGAACUCGGUGGAGGUUCAAACAAAUGAGAAUCUUAUAACAACCACAACCAUUAGUGGUGGUGUAGGCAACAGUAAUAUGGCAGGUGGUGGUGCUCUACCAACAGCUUCCUCUAGAAAUGAUAGCAACAAUAAUGCCAUACAUACUGCCAGUAAUCAAAGUUCAAUUUCUGCCACGCAGACUACAACAUCACAGCCAACUUCGAGUACAAGAUCAACAUUGCACAGUAUUGAAGAACUAGCCGCCAGUUCCUGCACCACCACGACAUCCACAACAACCCAAAGCACUACAAAACAUCACAAUAAUACUCUAGUAAAUAAUGCCAGCAACAAUAACCCAAACAAUGACACCUCACACUCUGCUACAUCAGUACCUUUAACCAAUGAUACGCAGCAACAUCUACAUCAACAACAACAUCAACAACAACAACCAUCACAAACCAUUCACCACAGCCAAGUGACGCAGCAUCCACAGCAACAUUCUCAAGAUCAACAUAUGUUGCAGCAACAUCAUGAUUCCCAGCAACAUGAGUCUUCGCCCACAUCUCAUCAGCAUGCCAUAUCUCAGCUCAAUUCAUCGAAUAUCAGCAGCGAUAGCAAUGAUGACUCCAUGUCUUCUUCGGAUGAAUCUAUCGAAUUGGAGUUGAACGAUAGAUCGGGUUAUCAGGAUACCACCUCCUCACAUUCACAACAAAGCGCCAAUGGCGGUGGCACUGGCUCCGCUUCCGGUCCCACUGGCAAUAACAAUGGCACAAAUGCCAACCCCCUCAGUGGCAUGUCGCUGAUCAAUGGGGUCGUCACACUGAAUGCCCAAAAUGCAGCUGUCAAUAAUGGUGGCGGUAAUGGUGGCUCGUCGGCCUCCUCAGCCUCUGGCACCUAUAUGUCCCUGUUGCCACCCGCUGUGGGUGCCACCUCAUCGUCUGCCCCCCAUUUGGGUGUUAAUCAUAUGGGUGGUACGAGUGCCAGCGCUGCCGGCUCAACGCCGGAUGUCAUUGAUUUCAAACAUCUGUUCGAGGAGUUGUGUCCUGUGUGUGGUGACAAGGUGAGCGGUUAUCACUAUGGCCUGCUCACCUGUGAAUCGUGUAAAGGUUUCUUCAAGCGUACCGUACAAAACAAGAAGGUCUACACAUGCGUCGCCGAGCGUUCCUGUCACAUCGAUAAGACGCAAAGGAAACGUUGUCCAUAUUGUCGUUUUCAAAAAUGUCUGGAGGUGGGCAUGAAAUUGGAAGCUGUGAGAGCUGAUCGUAUGCGUGGCGGUAGAAAUAAAUUUGGACCCAUGUACAAAAGAGAUCGGGCGCGAAAACUGCAGGUAAUGCGACAACGACAGAUAGCCUUGCAAGCGCUAAGAACGUCCAUGGGUACGGGAGAUAUGAAGCCAACGCCCCUAUCUCCUGGCUAUCAGCAGGCCUAUUCGAAUAUGAAUAUAAAACAAGAAAUACAAAUACCUCAGGUAUCCUCUCUAACACAAUCACCCGACUCAUCACCCAGCCCCAUAGCUAUUGCCUUAGGUCAGGUUAAUGCCAGUACCGGUGUGAUAGCUACGCCCUUGAAUGGCAACAGUGGCGCUGGCGGUGGCGGUGGUGGUGGUGGUGGCGGCGGUGGAGGAGGUGGCGGUAAUAAUGGCAGCAGCAGCAACAACAACAAUAACAACACAAGUGAUGGCAUCAACCGCGUUGGCAGUGGCAGUGGUGGUGGCAGUAAUUGCCACGACACUGGCACCGGGUCCCUACAAAGUGCCAGCGAUUCAAAAUUGUGCUUCGACUCGGGCACACAUCCUUCAAGUACCGCCGAUUCCAUAAUAGAGCCAUUAAGGGUAUCACCAAUGAUCAGGGAAUUUGUACAGUCAAUAGAUGACAGGGAAUGGCAGACGCAACUCUUUGCCCUGCUGCAGAAACAAACGUACAAUCAAGUUGAAGUGGAUCUCUUUGAAUUAAUGUGUAAAGUUUUGGAUCAAAAUCUAUUCUCACAAGUCGAUUGGGCACGUAAUACGGUGUUCUUUAAGGAUUUGAAGGUUGAUGAUCAAAUGAAACUUCUGCAACAUUCAUGGUCUGAUAUGCUGGUAUUGGAUCAUUUACAUCAACGCAUACACAAUGGCCUGCCCGAUGAGACACAACUCAAUAAUGGGCAAGUCUUUAACCUGCUAAGUCUAGGCCUGCUGGGCGUACCACAAUUGAGUGAUUAUUUCAAUGAAUUGCAAAAUAAAUUGCAAGAUUUGAAAUUUGACAUGGGCGACUAUGUGUGUAUGAAAUUUUUGAUAUUAUUAAAUCCAGAUGUGCGAGGUAUUAUCAACAAGAAAACAGUGUUGCAGGGUCAUGAGAAUGUACAAGCAGCGCUGCUAGAUUACACGCUAACGUGUUAUCCAUCUGUGACGGAUAAAUUCAGGAGGCUGUUAAGUAUACUGCCUGACAUACAUGCCAUGGCAGCGCGCGGUGAAGAGCACUUAUAUUCAAAACAUUGUGCCGGAAGUGCACCCACACAAACGUUACUCAUGGAAAUGUUGCAUGCAAAACGGAAGGUGUAAAACAAACACCCCAAAAACCAAACACACACACACAUACAACCAUAUAUUAUAAUACAAAAAAAAAAAAAAAACAACAGUUUAAGGGGCGGGUAUAACAAGAAAAAAAUAAUGGAAAACACCAUACCACUUAAAAAUCAUUUUGGCAAAAAGAAAUGCAACAAAACAGGAAAAUUAAGAAACAAACAAACAAAAAAAAACGGUUUAAAAACGUCAACACAAGCAUAGCUUGUAAAAACAAAAAAAAAAAACAAAAAUGGAAAACAGAAAUCAUGUUAAAGUUAUACAUACACACAUAACUAUAUAUAUAUAUAUAUAUAUAUAUAUUUUUGUGACAAAUUGUAUAGUUCAUAUGAAUUUCCAAAAAACAAAUAUUAAACCAGCCGUUGGCAGAAGAUGAAGCUUUGGAAAGCCUAAGCAAAAUCAUUUAAAUCUCUUAAAAGUAACACACCCAUCAACCACCUCUACUCUCAUUGCAUACUUUUAGGCUUUCCUUGAUAAAUCUUCUCCUAAGGCUAUUAUUGUGCAUAUGUAUGGAGUUUAAUUUUUCAAAACAAUAAAGAAUGUUUAUUGUGGUUUUUA